GACUCCCCCACGGUAUUGAAUCAUGAUCAGUUCUGCGUCCGUGAUAUAUGGUACUCGCCUGGCUACAUCUCCUCUUCCUCACCGGCCAUCGUCAUCAAUCACAUCCUAAUUUUGUCGUGGGAUUAUUUUUCCAAACGUCCGGUUAGCCAAGGAACACAAAGUCACACCGAGGUCAAGCACAGGGCACUACAUCAGUCGCAUCAACGUUGUGGUAACGCUAUCGUGACUCGUCAUGUCUCUUCCGAGUGUGUACUCCGAGGCGCCAACAUAUUCCGAGGACAGAGGGGGAAAUAAUACGGCUGUCGACUUUAAUUCCUCAGUGGAGAGCAAGCCUCUUGUUGAUCGGAACAUAAGCGAUGCGGUAUUCUUGGUAGUGAUGGGCGUAUCUGGUACAGGCAAAUCUACUCUCGGCGCUGCGCUAUCAAAGGCUCUCCGUCUCCCGUUCAUCGACGGCGACGACCUUCAUCCGCAAUCUAAUGUAGACAAGAUGUCACGUGGAGAACCUCUCACAGACGCAGAUCGCCGGCCCUGGCUGGAAACUAUCCGCAGGACGGCUGUCAGUAGCAUUCUGAGUCAACUUGGGGAUGACCACGGGAUGCAUGUGCCGAGUCCUGUGAGGGAUGAAGACCAGAAACCGGGUAUCCUCAUCGCGUGCUCGGCGCUAAAGGGGAGUUACCGGUCAGUACUAAGGGGUGAAACUCUGUCGGAAGCAGAGGAGUCGAAGCACUCGGGAAAGCUUCCGACGUGCUUUGUUUAUAUGAAAGGCUCGCGGGAGGUGCUCAUGGACCGAAUGAUGAAACGCCAGGGGCAUUUCAUGAAGGUUGAGAUGUUGGAUAGUCAGUUGAAGACGCUGGAGAGCCCUGAGAAUGAGGAGGGUGUGGUGACGGUGUCGAUAGAGUGGUCGACUGAGGACCAGGUGCGAGAGGUAGUCAGAGCUCUCGAUGAUGGAGGACUUGGAGCAGUGUAGCAGCAUCAGUGGCAUUCGAAACACUUUACACACUUCUUGUUUUGCCUUUGAACAG